AUGGCACUCAAAGUGAAAAUUCCUAACGGCCCCACGUACAUGGACAUGGAAGGAUUUCGACUUACUUCAUCCUUUUCUUUGGAACUGUUCCAGUCAGCGCUGAAGUAUCAGCCGGAAGACAACGAUGUAUUUGUGGUUUCUUUUCCCAAGGCCGGUACAACGUGGCUGCAGCAAAUCGGUUACCUACUCUUCCACGAGGGAAGUCCACCAUCCAGUCCGGAAGAUUUUCACAGCAACGGCCCCUUCUUGGAACUAUCCGGAGCUAACGCUGCCAAAGGAAGGAUGCGAGGAGGAUUUAUAAAGUCGCAUUUUCCCUACAACCUCAUGCCGCAAAAUUCAUCAGCUAAAUACAUCUACAUCUGCAGGAACCCAAAAGACACAUGCGUCUCUCUGUUUUACCAAACGCGUCGUUUUCCUAGCUACGAGUUUGAGGACGGGAAGUUCGAAGAUUUCUUCGAGGUGUUUCUGAGCGGAAGCACCGAUUUUGGUGACUAUUUCGACCACGUGCUCUCCUGGUACGAACGCCGCCACGAGCCCAAUGUCCUGUUGGUGCACUACGAAGAUGCCAAGUCAAACCUCAAGGACGUUGUCCUGAAGAUUGCAAAGUUCCUGGGAGAAGAGCACUACAGAUUACUCCUGCAAGACCAGAAUAUGCUCGAACGCGUGCUCGUCUACAGCGGUAUAGACUACAUGAAGGAGGACGCGGCGAAUGUUUUCGAAAACCUGUACCCAACUCAGGCCACUCGGCCGUACACGCGCUUCAUUCGGAAGGGCCAAAUAGGUGACUGGAGGAAACAUUUUGUUGACAAGAUGAAUGCGAGAAUCGAGGAUAAAAUUUAUAGAAAAUUAUCCAACACUGAUUUGAUCAGGGAAUGGAAGAAGCAUAGUGUCAUGUGA